UAAACAACUUUAUUACCGCGUGAAGCACAUGAUGAUUACGCAUGCUUAUGUGCGUUAUGAAGAUGACAGAAGAUGUGCUGUUGUGAACAUUGGGGAUGUUAAAGGCUUCAAGCCUGACGACGACUUCAAGGCAACCUUCUACAGCGUCAAAUGGACGGACAAACAUGGCGAAGCUCACUUCUAUCGCGCCAGGAUUCUUCUCGUCGGAAAGUCUGAAGAUGACCUCGAAAUAAAAAUGAGGCAAGGGCGAGUGCGAAUUCCAAAAAUCGUUGACGGAAGCAACAGUGAGGACAGCGACGAAAGCGUUCAGACACCAAAAAAAAAGAAAAAGCGGGAAGAGCCCAACAACGCGCUGCUGGACUUACUGGCAUCCAAAAAAAGGAAGCUCAUGCAAAAAGGGCAUGAGCAGCAAAAUAGCCAACUGACUGCAGCCCAGGAAGAAGUGGCCCGCCUCAGCGCUACAGUGAGGCAGCAGGAAGUGGAGCUGAAAGAGCUGAGAGCUCUCAAUAGGGAUCUGCAACGAAAGCUUAUAGACUCAUUGGAUUCCAGGCAAGCCAAUUCAUCACAGGCACUGCCACCUGCAUCUGCAUCAAAACGCAUCUGCUGCAGCACAGACACCACCGCGUGUCACUCUACCACCGCCGGAGCAAUCUACACAGGAGCGGACCUCCUCGACACAGCUGACAUUGGGAGUGCCUUCAAUAUCAACAUCAGCUUGGCGUCGCAUUCAAAGGCCACCCUAACGGACUCCAUGUUUGUCAAAGCCCCAUUACGGCUGUUUGGAGUCCGGCAGCUUUGCUUGGACGGUCUCUGCAAGAGUGCUACAAGGAGCGCCUUGAAAAAAAAAGGACUCGUUGCGGAACUGAUGCCUGGCGCACUUAAACAGAUGAACCGCUUCAUCGUAGAGAACCUGAGCGACAUCGAAAGGAUGUCCCAAAAG